AUGUCUCUCCCGCCUGAGCGGUCGUUUCGCUCUCCCCACGCCAUUCUCAUUCUGUACUGCGUCAGUGCCCGUCUACACGAGGACGAUUGCGGCCGUCGGAUCAACGCGGAUGGGGGCAACUCUUGGGCCCGCUGCCGAGUCGGACAGCCCUGCAUGACACACGUCUAUGGCGCUGCACUCCGUUCCUCUGCGGAUAAUGAGCGUCAGCUUCUCGGCGAACGCGAUGAGGCCCUUGAGACCCAUAUAUCGAGCAUUCGUUCAGCCCUGCGCGUGGUGCGAGAACGUCAACAAGCAUUCCUUACCUUCGUUGGCAAUUCGACUAAUCCAGAAGUUGACAACGAAGCAUAUUGUAACUAUAUGCAAGAAACCAAAGUAGAAGACGCAAUCACCAACGCAGAAAACCUUUUGCGAACCCUUCAGGCAAACUUAGACGCCACAAGAGCGCUGUUAGAGGAGCUCGAUAACCAUGCGCAGGCUCGUAGACAGCUACCUGAAGAAUCACAGUCUUCGCUUAGAUCGCAAAACCAAAGCCUUCCUCUUAACGCUACAGCCAAUACUAUUCAGCUAACUCAAGCGUCUACCUUCCAAAAUUCAAGACCUUCGACGCCCAUCCGUAAUGGCAAUCUUAAUACCACGCCAGAUCCCAAUACACCCACUGACGUACAGAUAAGGCAACCGCUAACGGAAGCGGAACAGUCGUUCACAGAGUGUCUUCACGAAAUCACCGACCGCAACCCCGACAUCAAUGUCCCGCUCCUUCACGAAGUCCUUGAGGAGAUGGAUGUAGUGGACACAACCCACCAACCCGUUGAGGCCGAAAUGCCAGAGUAUUACGAGACGGCUCGUGUCUACCGCGACUGGAAGAAUUUUGCUCUUCUGGGAAGGCAAGAAUCCGCUGCUCCUCCAACGAAUACUACCAGCCAAGAGCCCAAGUUUGCGUCCGUCGCGGAAGCCGAUAGACCAUUGUUGCUUCUAUUGCAGAAGCUCACCGUCGCAAUGAAUCCGUCGUACAUAUUCGAUAGCGCGCACCUGGGGGCUCAUGACUAUGUUUUGAUCGACUCGUUCUUGCGCGACAAUCUUUAUAAAAAUAUUCGCAGCCAUUUCACGAGGGAAGUUCAUCUACCAUCAUGGUCCGAGCGCGAGCUUCAGCUGUACCCCAAUGUGGCUAUUUUCGAUAUAGUUCACAAUCUCAAAGGCAUCCGCAACCAGUGCGACCAUCUCGUUGACUACAUUUCGCAACUGUCAGAAUUGACUAGUGCACCUCAGGGAGCUGCUCUCUUUGAGCACAUUCAGCAAUUGCGCAGCCUCAUAGAUAACAUUACCUAUCGUAGAGCCGCAAUCUUCAACAAUUUUUUCCCAUUCUUCUUCCGCAAGAACAAGGUGAACCCACAUUUACCUGACGCACUAGCCCAGUACAAUCUCCAUUAUGCUGACUUUGAGCAAACAUUCGCCAUGGCCACAGCCACAAUAGCGGAAGCUCAAGAGGUCAUUCAUGCGCUGAGUGAUCGCCAUUUAAAAGAUCUCUCUGCGGAUGAAGACACUACGUACCAAUCCAUUCAAGAACCCACUCGCAAAACGCAAAAGCGUCGCAGGUCUGAGUCUUCUGAAAAUGACCGCCCACAUCACGCAACCUGA